UGAAUUUAUAAGAUAAAUUUAUUAAAUUUCACUUAUAUAAUCAUUGAAUAAUGCUUGAAACAAGUAAUAAUAUUCUGAAAUCUACUUGUCUAACUGCCUCGUGUUUUAGUAAUUACAAGGCUAGUUCGAGAAUAAGUGAAUAUAUGGCAGAGUAUAAAGAUCCAAAGAAACGUGUUAGGCCUGUUACAACUUACAAAGAAUUUCCUGAUGUUCAGGAUAGUUACGAAAAUCAACCUGUCGGUGGAAGAGUUCAAGAGAGAUAUAGACAAUUUAUUAAGAGGAAAUUAGCUGAAGAGAAGAAAGUUAAGAAAGAGGAAUCAUCUCAUGAAAUAUACUAUUUGGAUCCGUAUCAGCAUAGAUCGCAUCCUGAAUCUAUGUACCAUAUAGCAAAAAGCUACUACAAAUCUAAUCUACCACAUUGUAACAUUGCUAGUUGCAAUUAUCCUUAUCUAAAAACGUUUAACAGUACAAAUCAAUCAGAGAAUGAAAAUUGCGCAACAAAGCAAGUGAAUUUUACCAACAAUAGUCAUUAUUAUCCCUGUAAGACAAAUCAUACUUUAAAUAGACACUCGAAUACUCAUUUAUGUAAAAACUCUCUUAAUUAUAAAAUAAAUUCGCCUACUUGUCACAAAAGAUGAAGAUUUUAGGCUAAAAUCUAGGCUAAAGAGUAAAUUAUAAAAGAAUGAAUAUAUUUAUAUAUACUUAAAAAGUGCAUAAUGCGUUCUAUACAGUUUUCUUUACAAGCUGAAUAAAUAAAAUGUUAAUAAAGAAACCGUUGAUAUAAUAAAUCAAUAAGAAAAAACUAACUUUACUAAGAUAACAAAUGUAUUAAGAUACAUUAUACUGUUAUUUUCAAUAGAUAUUUA